AUGGGUUCCGAAACUCCGCAAGAAUACUCAAACGACGAGGAGAUACUUUCUUUCUUUCGCAAGACCUCUGCGACUCGUUCAUCAUGUGAUGCUCGUGCCCGGGAGCUCGUAGGGGGAACUGUUAUCCCUGUUGCAGUUCAGGGAUUUUGCAGCUAUUCUGUUUACGCAGGCCCCGACCACGAAUUCGUGGUUCAGUUUCGAUUAAAAUCGCUAGACCUGGACACUAGAAUGACCACUCUGGCCAGUCAAAUACAUGGGCCCUUGAUUACACCCGCUACUUCCCAUGGCCAGAUUGGAGAGGACGGAGUUGAUGGAAAGGAGCCCUUAUGUGUCUAUGUGAUGAACCGUGUCAAAGGCAUCAGUCACCUUGAUUUCAUCCUGGCUCAUAAUGUCCCAGAAAACUCAGUUGAGUGGUGUACAUGGCGGGAGAAUUUGAUCUCGGACAUUGCGGAGUAUGGUGGAUAUCCCUCUUCAUUAUAUAUAAAUCAGGCUAACAAUCCUAGAUUUUUUGGUCAGACAUGGAAGCAUCCUCAAAAAAUAAGCUCCUUAGAUAGAGAAGCUAUGUUUCAAACCUAUGAGAAGGACCUAUGCCAACUUCACGCCGCUCUGCCUAGUCGCUUUCAUCCUAUCAUCCAACAAUCAAUCGAUGCUCUACCGGCUAUCUUUUCCCUUCCUAUGGUUCUUCUUCACAAGGAUUUCGGCAGUAGUAAUGUUAUGGUCGAUGCCGACGAUAAUCAUCUAGUCGGAGUCAUCGACUGGGCUGAAGCUCAAAUUGGACCUUACGGAACGAAUUUGCACUCUCUCCAGCAAUUCAUGAGCAAAUAUCGCCUCCGGGUAGGCUGGAUUCGGCACGCAAACUACGAGACGAUGGACCGAAUCUUUUGGGAAGUACUAUCCACAAGUGCCGGGGGUCUCAAUCAUGAGACCAUUCAAAAUAUCAAGGCAUCCAGAGUUGUGGUCUUCUACGAUCCCACGGAUUCACGAGUCGUCUUAAGAAUGCACCAGAUCCGAAGCCCAUCCGGGAUGACGAAAGUGGAGCUUACAGAAUGA